GUGGCGGGGCGGCGCCCGGGGACUGCCCCGGGGCCGGGGGCCGGGGGUCGGGGGGUCGGGGCCGCGCUGGAAGGGCCCGGCGCUUGUUUGGGUGUCUGCUGUCCCGCGGCGGGCAGGCAGAAACGUGGGUAAUUUGCUUUCUAUGGCAGGGGAUCAAAUGCUCUGCCCUAACCUCUCGCUUCCAGGUACUCGCCCGCCCCGGCCCCUUCCUUCCUCCGCGGCCCCUCCCGCGCCCUCCCCCGCCGCGCCGCCAGCCCCGCCGGGCCGGGCGCUAUAUAGGCGGCUGCCCCGCGGCCCGGGGCGGAGAAACGCUGCCCGGUGCCGCGCCCCGGUGCAGGCAGCGCUCGCGGCCCGGUGCCGAGCCGUUCGAGCUGGGGGGGCCGAGCCGAGCCCUGCCCGGGGGUAGGGUAGGGGUAGGGGCAGGGACAGGGCGGGGGGCGGCGGCGGGGCGAUGGGCAGAGCCCCCCCUGCCCGGCUCCCAGCGGCGCCGGCCGGGGGGCUGCGCUAGGACGGCCCGGCGGAGCCUCGGCCCCGCGGCCGGGGCUCGCCCCCCCCCCUCCCCGGGGGCGGCGAGGAUGCAGCACCCGCUGGAGCUGGGGGCCGCGCACUACUUCCCGGCCGAAGCCUUCCCCGACCACCGCUCGCACCGCUACCGCAGCUUCAUGAUCGAGGAGAUCCUCACCGACCCCCCGGACGCCAAGGGCGCGGCGCCGGCCGGGGAGCUCCUCAAAUUCGGGGUGCAGGCGCUGCUCUCGGCCCGGCCCUACCACAACCACCUAGCCGUGCUGAAGGCGGAGCCGGCGGCCGUGUUCAAGUUCCCGCUGGCUCCCUUGGGCUGCUCGGGGCUGAGCUCGGCGCUGCUGGCCGCCGGCUCGGGGCUGCAGGGCGGCUCCGCCUCGCCCCAUCUCCCGCUGGAGCUGCACCUCCGCGGCAAGCUGGAGCCGGGCCCCCCCGAGCCGGGCGGCAAGGCCAAGAAGGGGCGCCGCAGCCGCACCGUCUUCACCGAGCUGCAGCUCAUGGGGCUUGAGAAGCGCUUCGAGAAGCAGAAAUACCUCUCCACGCCCGACAGAAUAGACCUGGCCGAAUCGCUGGGGCUCAGCCAGCUCCAGGUGAAAACCUGGUACCAGAACAGGCGCAUGAAAUGGAAGAAAAUAGUGCUGCAGGGGGGCGGCCUGGAGUCCCCCACCAAACCCAAGGGCCGCCCCAAGAAGAACUCCAUCCCCAGCAGCGAGCAGCUCUCGGAGCAGGAACGAGCCCGGGACGCCGAGAAGCCGCCCGAGAGCCUGGGCUCGCCGGCUGAGGUCAGCCAGGAGGAGUGACCGGCACGGCCCGGCCCCACCGCCGCCGGCCCCGAGCCGCUCCGCCCGGCCGGGAGCGCGGCCACCGAGCGCCGCCGCCGCCGCCGCCCCGGGCCGGGGUCCCCGGGAGGAGCCACCGGCCCCGCACCUCCCCGCUCCGCCGGCAGCGACCCAGGGGGAAGAGGGCUGGAAGGGGGGAACCAAGCGGUUCGUGGACUGCUGUCGCCUUGGGUUUCCGACGAAUCCAGCGUUUGGCCCGGCCGCGUCCCUGGCCCCAGCCCCGCCGCUCCUCUCCGCGCCCGCGGGGCGCUGCGCCCCGGCCCCCGCUGUGCGACGGCCCCGAGGGGCCAGGAGGAGGACACUGGACCCCACCUUCACGUCCGCUCGCUGUCUGAAACCCUGUGGUGCCCCUAGUUACUCGAAAACUGCAUUUUACGAUCAGUUUUAUUAAUGCGAAGAUAUUUACUUUAUUUCAAUAAAGUAUUUUAUGAACUAUU